UUCAUAAAAACGAACGAAUCAAUUUGAUGAGAAAGAAAUCCAAAAUUAACAGUAGAGACAGCACAUCGGAAAAGAUGGACUGUAAUUUUCAGGGUGUCUGCACGAGAGAAUGUCACUGAGUCAGUCUUUCUUUCUGCAGACGUAUGUAUAUAUAUAUAUAUAUACAAACAGAUAGAUACAUACAAAUCAUGAGAUGGAGACGGACAAAGCGUGAGGUCAAGGGAUGACUUAUGCAGAAGAAGAUCCGUUUCCAGACACACACCACCGAUUGCAGAAUAAAUAAAUAUAGAGAGAGAGAAGAAAGAUACUACCUUGUGUUUCUCUCUCUGUUACGUUAGAUUUGAGAUUGACUCCAAACAAUUCUAACUACUGUGUGUUUGUUUCAUAGGAAUUUACUAUAUUUGAACUCAUCCCUUUUGGUGUUUUCUUCCCCCAUUUAAUCUCUUUCUUGUCUUCUCAUCUCCUGCACACGUUUUCAGUUCACCUCUCGCGGCGCCAUUCACCCUCCAUUUCACCCCCUAUUCGUAAUAAAAAUCACAUUUUUUGAGCAACCCAUACCUUAGAACGGACAAAUUCACGUUUAUUCUUCUCACCCAACUUUGUCCUCUUCUUACAAGUUUUUCCAUUCAUUUAAUUCACACGACUUGGGUUUCUUUUGAUUUUGCUUACACUGUUUUUGAUUUCGAGAGCAUUUUGAAGGCUAUGGAUUCCGGCAAUAGGUGCUUGCUUUGGUUUUUGCUUUUGUUGUUUGUGGUUCAGUUUAUGAGUGUGGUGAAGGGCAAUGUUGUCUUUCAAGUUCAUCACAAGUAUGGUGGCCGUGGUAACAAGAACUGGGCUUUGGGGGUUAUGAAGGAACACGAUUCGAGGCGCCACGGCAGAAUGCUUGCCGCCUUUGAUUUUCAGUUGGGCGGCGAUGGUUCACCGACUAAUGCUGCGCUCUAUUACACAAGAAUUACUAUCGGCACUCCUCCAGUGGAUUAUCAUGUCCAGGUCGAUACAGGAAGUGAUAUUUUAUGGGUCAAUUGUCAGAACUGCGAGAGGUGCCCUACAAAGAGUGAUCUUAAUAUACAUUUGAGGCAAUAUGACUUGACAGCUUCAUCUACCGGAAAGUUGAUUACUUGUAAUGAAGAUUUCUGUGAUGCGGCAGUUGACUAUGGUCAAAAUUCAAAUUGCAAGGCGGGAAAGAACUGCGAAUAUUCUAUUACUUAUGGAGAUGGCAGCAUAACAGAGGGAUACUUCAUCAGAGAUAAUUUCAGACUCGAUCAAGUUACGGGAAACCUUCAAACAUCAACAAUGAACGGAUCGAUAGGUUUUGGAUGCUCAGCUAAGCAAUCUGGAGAAUUGGGCUCAUCUUCCGAGGCAGUUGAUGGAAUAAUUGGUUUUGGACAAUCAAAUGCAUCCAUUCUUUCCCAACUAGCUCUAUCCGGAAAGGUCAAGAAGAUAUUUUCACACUGCUUAGAUGGGAAUAAUGGAGGUGGAAUUUUUGCUAUCGGAGAUGUGGUGGAACCGAAAGUCAACAGAACACCGCUGGUGCCGAAUCAGCAACAUUAUAAUGUGAAUCUGAAGGCAAUUGAAGUAGACGGUCAAUUUCUAAACCUUCCGACAGACAUAUUUGACACUCGAUCAAGUAGAGGUACUAUUAUUGAUAGUGGUACAACUUUGGCCUAUCUUCCGUCCGUGGUUUAUCAACAGCUUUUCGAUAAGAUGAUGGCAAAGCAACCAAAUUCGGAAACCCAUACAGUUGAGAAUCAGUUCAAGUGUUUAUAUUACAAGGGGAACAUUGAUGAUGGAUUUCCAGUCGUAAAUUUUCAUUUUGAGAACUCGCUCGUUCUGCCAGUUGCUCCGCAUGAUUAUCUGUUUCCCAUCAACAAUAACGAGUAUUGUAUAGGUUGGCAAAACAGUGCUUUACAGACAAGGGAUGGAAGGCAGAUAACUUUGUUGGGAGAUAUAGUGUUAACAGACAAGCUUGUUCUGUACGACCUCGAAAAUCAGACCAUUGGAUGGACCCAGUACAACUGUUCAUCGGGCAUCAAAGUGAGAGACGAAGCAUCUGGAAAUGUUUACACAGUUGGCGCACACGACAUAUCUGCUUCUGCUUCGAGUCUGUUGAAGGUUAAUGUUAUUACAAUCGUUUUCUUUAUGGUUGCAGUUGUUAAACUGAUAGGGUGAGUUUGUACACAAAGGGCAGCUUCAGUGAAUGCUGCCCUUUGUUAUAUUUUAUAGUAAACGGUUGAUGAUGCUGAGGUUCAUUUUACUGAAUCCUUGAGCUAUAAUAAAAGGAAGUGUUUGCUGACA